CUUAAAGCGCAGCGCACGGACAUAAAAAUAGUUUGCUGGAGAUAUGAGACCAAAACUCAUAUUCGCGAUAAACAUAGCGCUGUUUUGGGGAACAACACAAGCAGCCGAAUGGACAUAUGGAGGUCAUACGGGACCGAGUCACUGGAAGGACCACUACCCGAAAUGUGGCGGACUGAACCAAUCACCCAUAGAUUUACCAGUUGACAGCUCUCUCACCUAUGAUAGCAGCUUGGGCAACUUCAAUUUCACCGGGUAUAGGAACAUGACAACCAACCCUCCCAUACUAAGUAACAAUGGACAUUCUGUUCAAUUAUCUAUCAACAGUACGUCUAUCGGCAACACGUACAUGACAGGCGGCGGUCUACAAGGAAAGUACAUCGCCAUUCAGCUGCACUUUCACUGGGGUCCAGCCAGCAACAACGGCUCUGAGCACACUUUUAGAGGCCAUGAAUUCCCAUUGGAGCUUCACAUCGUACACGUUAAGGAAGGCUUGACGGUUGAGGCAGCCAAGAACGUGACUGACGGUCUCGCCGUACUUGGAAUCUUCUUUGUGGUUGAUCCAAAUGGACACAACUCAGACAUUCAACCACUUGUAGAGGCUUUGAGUAACAUCACAUAUUAUGGACGGUCCCGUCCUCUAAGCCUGGACUUCUCAUGCCUGAUGCCUCACCACGUGACUGAGUUCUACCGCUACAUGGGCAGUCUGACCACGCCCACAUGCGAUGAGGCCGUCCUCUGGACCCUGUUUGAAGACAAGAUCACCAUUUCAGAGGCGCAGAUGCGUCAGUUCCGUGCACUGUACAAUACGAACGAGAACGAGACUGAGCACAUGAUGCCACUUGAAAUGAACUUCCGGCCCGUGCAGCCGCGAUAUAACCGAACGGUUAUGAAAAGCUUUGACACAUCUGUUCCAGCGUCUUUUCACUGGGGAUACCAUGGUUAUGAGGGUCCUAAAAACUGGCCCCUGUACUACCCAGAGUGUGGCAAUUCUUCGCAGUCCCCGAUCAAUAUCCCAGAUCCGGAUGUGCCCGAUAUGGUGUUUGACUCCAGUAUGGGUCUUGACACUCUGACUUUUAACAACUACGAUCAGGCUUUCAUUGGAAAUAUGUCCAACAACGGUCAUUCACUUCAAAUCGACAUCGAUCCGUCCGCCAAUCUGUUCAUCAAGAACGGAGGACUUGCGGGCACCUUCAGGGCGGCCCAUUUCCACUUCCACUGGGGUUCAAGCCUCCACAAUGGCUCUGAGCACACGAUAAAGGAACAGUCAUACCCCAUGGAGAUGCACAUUGUUCAUUACAAUGACAAAUAUGGCGGGAUUGCGGAAGCAGCCUCAAAACAAGACGGUCUGGCUGUUGUGGGAUUUUUCGUAAAUGGUUCGGAAGAAAACAACACUUAUUUUUCAACCAUCGUCCGCGCAUUGGAACAUGUUAAGUAUAGAAAUUCCCCAAAGUACGAAAUCAACGAUUUGAGACUUACAUACAUUACAAACAAAGACCUGCGCCUUAAUGACACGCAUGGCAAGCAUCUGACGUUCUACCGGUACAAGGGCAGCCUGACAACUCCUGGUUGCGCGGAGACGGUCACCUGGACAGUCAUGGAACCAACAAUCAACAUGGGCACCAGUCAGAUUGCGGCAUUUCGUGACUUGGCGUACAAAACAAAAGGAACAAUCACCGACAAGGACAAGAUCUCUGAGAACUAUCGCCCUGUCCAACCCCUCAAUAGCAGGAAUGUUUACAUGAGUCUAAACAAGAAGACCACCAGCAGAGUGACCACCGCCGCUAAACCUACAGGCGGUUACGCCGCCGCUACUUCCGGCGAAGCAUUGCUACUCGUACCAAUUGUGGCCAUAUGGGUGUUCACAAUGUGAUGAUGUUUAAUAUGAUACUUCAUACCAGUAUUUUCGUUUUCUGUACUAACAUGUCGUUCGGGAAGGUUACUUCAUUAUACAAAACACUUUUUUCUGUCAGCAACAUCUAGCACAGCUCAAAUGUUCUCCCUUCAAAUCGUCCGCAGUUCUUGUGUGAGGGAUUGCUCAUGUUAUUAUUUACACAAUCUUCCUUCCCAUAACGGUUGAAAGUCCGCCGUUGUUAGUUAAUUUCAUACUAAUGUCGUCCUGUUGAUCAGCUAAGAUCGGUAUGGGAUGCUCAGGUUAUGAUAGUAAACUUACUGGAAUAGGACCUUACGUUGAAUUCGGCGGGAAAAAUAACAUUAACACAGUAAUUGAUUGUUGUGUAUCGAUUCUAAACAACGACUUGGAUUAUUUUUUUGCUAUCGGAAACAUUAUUUUAAUUUGCUUUGCUCAUGGCAGUCACUUCUUUUUGUUUAUAGAGAAGUGUAAACGAUAUUUUUUUUGACCGACCAAAGGUGUGCAAUAGCCAUUGUAUUUUAAUCAUCUGAUUAAAUGUUGCUUCUAAGAUGCAAUACUACAUGAAAAUAAAUUGCUACAAAGUUCAACGUAGAGAUGCCCCGUUGACAUAACAUAAAGGGUAAUGUAAUUGUUUUAUACUUUCAAGUUUUAAAUACAAACCAGACCAAAUAGACAGUUCCAUCGUUUUUUAUCAAGCAUAACUGCAUGUGUAAAUGUAAUUUCGCUGUUUUUCCUAUAUGGUGAAUCAUAUAACAUGAUGCCAAUAAAAUACGUCUUCAGAUUCAAUAUUUAACCAUUUAAA